AUGCCGUUCAGUAAGCCCUCUGGGGCCUCUAUCAGGCGUUUCUUUGGUUUCCUACACCUCCUCUUCUACGCAGACCCGACAUGGCUCGACAAGAUACUGGUCUUCGUGGGCGCAAUAGCUGCCAUUGCAGCAGGCGUACCAUUCCCACUCAUCGGAAUCGUCUUCGGCCAAUUGGUCGAUGAGAUCAAUGUUGCGACAUGCAACAACCGCGAAGGUAGCUCUAACGGAUCUGAAGAAGCCAACAUUACGCCCAAGAUCCUGCUGCUCGUCUACAUUGCUUGUGGCACUUUCACUUGCAUCUACACGCACCUUGUAUGCUGGAACUUGGCAUCACAGCGCCUAGCUCAGCGCAUCCGAGACCGUUACCUCCGAAACCUGCUGCGACAGGACAUGGCCUUCUUUGACAACCUACAGGCCGGAGAAGUGUCUUCUCGACUCAACGGCGACAUCCAGUCAAUCGAGAGUGGUACUGGCGAAAAGGUUGGCGUGGCACUGACUUGCCUCUCCUUUUGUGUCACGGCCUACAUCGUUGGCUUCAUCAAGAAUGCCGAGAUCGCUGGCAUGCUCGUCUCUUUAAUCCCUGCAUUCUUGCUCAUGGCCGUGGUUGGCGGUCACUUUUUUGGCAAGUAUGCUGCCAAGGUCGGCGAUUGCUUUGGGUCCGCUAGCGCCAUCGCGUCUGAAGCGCUCAGUCAUGUAGGCCUCGUGCAUGCGCUUGGUGCAAAUGCCAGGCUAGAGGCAAAGUUCGAGGGCCAUUUGAGCGAUGCUCGUGAGGCAGGUGUCAAGAAGGCCACGACCGCUGCGGUCCAAGCUGGUCUGCUCUACUUCAUCGCCUUCUCGGCCAGCGCCUUAGGUUACUGGCAGGGUAGUCGCAGGAUCGCAGACUCUCUCGAGGGCAAAGGCAGUGCAACUAUCGGAGAGAUCUACACCGUCACGUUCAUUCUGCUCGAUGGUGCCAUCGUUCUCAGUCAGAUUGCGCCGAUGUUGCCAUUGUUUGGCGGGGCUAUAUCAGCUUUCGAGCGCUUGCGCAAGGACAUCGAGACUCAACCAACCAUUGACAACACCUCGUCAUCCGCGGAGAAGCCUACUCAUGUUGAUGGGACUGUUGAGUUCCGCAACGUCGCGUUCACGUAUAGUUCAAGGCCUGAUCAUCCCGUACUGAACGGUAUCUCCUUGACAUGCGAAGCUGGUAAACUGACUGCUAUCGUGGGUCUUUCCGGAAGCGGCAAGUCCACAGUCGCCAGUCUUAUCAGCCGAUUCUAUGAUCCCGAAUCUGGCGAUGUACUUCUAGACGGCCGCAAUGUCAAAGACAUCAACAUCAAGUCUCUCCGAGGUUUCAUCAGUCUCGUCCAACAAGAACCUUCACUUCUUGAUCGCUCCAUCUUGGAGAACAUUGCUCUCGGUCUCGUCAACAGCCCGCCUCAUGCCCAUCUCGAGAAAACGCUGCUGAGCGGAAUCCUCGCUCAAGUUGCGGAAGACGUCAGGGGCGGCCAGGAUCUUACUCAAGUCGCCGAGAAGGCUGGUCCUGAAGUUGUAGAGAUCGUUCAACUUGUGAAAGAUGCUGCGGACCUCGCCGAUGUUGCUAUCUUUAUCGAUCGCCUGGAGUUCGGGUUCGCGACCUCGGUUGGCUCGAGUGGUAGUCUCGUCAGUGGUGGACAGAAGCAGCGUAUUGCUCUCGCCCGAGCUCUGGUCCGCGAUCCUCGUAUCUUGAUCCUCGACGAAGCCACCGCUGCCCUAGAUUCAGCUAGUGAGCAGCGCAUUCAAGCUGCUAUUGAACGGGCUUCCCGCGGCCGGACAGUGAUCUCGAUCGCUCAUCGAUUGUCCACUAUCAGAGCUGCAGCGAAGAUCAUCGUCAUGAAGAAGGGUGACAUCAUCGAACAAGGAACCCACGAUCAACUCAUGGACUUGGAAGGGUCAUACGCAGACAUGGUUCACCUCCAAACCGUCAAAUCUGACGACGGUGCGACCAGCUCAAGAACCAGUCUAGACUCCCGUGACGCCGAUUCUAUCACCAACGAGAAGUUGGCGCUAAGUGCGCAGGAGCCCGAUGCUGUACCAGCGAACGACGCCAAUGCCGCGGAAGCUGUCGAGCACACUAAGGGUGUCGUCAUUGCGGGCUCUAUCAGGAAGACAAUGCUUCCUUUGACGCGACCGUACCUACUUCUCGUAAUGCUGGCUUUCUUGGCAGCACUGGUAGUAGGUGGCCAGUACUGCGGAUCGGGUCUCCUGUUUGGUAACAUCAUGGGCACCAUGUCUCCAUGCAACACGCCCGAGUAUGUUCGUUCUCGAGGUGAACUCCUCUCUGGGAUGUGGUUCAUGCUUGCCUGUGUCGCCUUCCUGGCCAAUUUCACCAGUUGGGCGUCGUUUGGUCUCUUGUCCGAACGAUUGAUCUACAAGGUCCGCAACCUAUCUCUACACACGCUACUCCAACAGCCGCUACAAUGGCACGAGUCUGAAUCAAGAAGCCCGACCGUGCUCCUCGAAUUUAUCACCAAGGAUGGCCAAUCAUUAGCGGGCUUCAGCGGCUCCAUCAUUGGCACACUCUUCUCCGUCGUUGUCAACUUCAUAGCCGCCAUCAUCCUCUCCCACAUCCUCGCAUGGAGAAUCGCAAUUGUCUGCCUCGUCGUCGUACCACUUCUCUUGGGCGCCGGUUUCAUGCAGUUGCGUGCUAUCGGUAAAUUCGCCGCAAAGCACGCUGGAGCUUUUAGCUCUUCUAUCGGUGUUACCAUCGAAGCUGUCUCUAACAUCAAGACUGUGCAUGCACUCUCUAUCGAAGAGGAGAUCAUUUCAACUUACAGACGAUCGCUGAAGGCUCCACGCAAGGAGAUGGUGAAGCAGAGCUUCAAGACCAACGUCUGGUUGGCCGUCGCCAACUCUUGUGGUACAUUCAUUUACGCUUUCGCCUACUGGUGGGGCACUAAGAACAUCAUCGAAGGCAGGUACACCCAAACUGAGUUCUUCGUCAUUCUCAUCGCCAUGCUUGUCUCCGCACAACUAUGGGGUCAGCUGUUCACCCUCGCACCUGAGAUCUCGAAGGCCAAGAGUGCAAUGUCGCGCAUUUGCGGACUAAUCGAAUUGGGCAAGGAUGGACCUGAUACGGAUCGCCACAAUGACCCCAGUCUCUCGGAAAAGAACCAGAACGAUAUCGAGGCACUGGCUGAAUCGCCAAUACCACCUACCACGCAAGGUGGUGCUAGGGUUAUCUUCCGAGACGUGGGCUUUUCCUAUCCAGCACGUCCUGGUGUGCCGGUCUUAACAUCUCUUUCCUUGACCAUCCAGCCCGGUCAAUUCUGCGCUUUGGUCGGACCAUCUGGUGCAGGUAAGAGUACUGUUCUGGCCCUUCUUGAACGAUUCUACUCUCCCUCCUCCGGUAGCAUCUCCAUCAACGGCCUCGAUAUCUCUCGGCACCAUGGCGCGUCAUUCCGCGAUGAAAUCGCCUAUGUACCCCAAGAGAACAUUCUCUUCCAAGGAAGUAUCAAGUUCAACAUUGGAUUAGGAGCAAGACCUGGACACACACCAUCCGACGAAGAGAUUCAAGAAGCCUGCAAGUUGGCGAACAUACACGACACCAUCAUCGAUCUUCCCCAAGGCUAUGACACGGAGUGUGGCUCCAAGGGCAAUCAGCUAUCUGGCGGCCAGCGUCAACGUUUGUCCAUUGCUCGAGCUCUUGUGCGUAAGCCCAAGUUGCUGCUGUUGGACGAGAGUACGAGCGCCUUAGAUGCGGAGAGUGAGAAGGCCUUGGAGCAAGGCCUCGAACGGGCCGUCAAGGGUCACGGUGUGACCGUCAUCGCCAUCGCGCAUCGACUGAGGACAAUUGCUAGGGCUGAUGUGAUCUUCUUGGUCGAAGCAGGUAAAGUAGUGGAUCAAGGACGUCACGAGGAAUUGGUACAGCGCAGUGAGAGCUACCGGGUUAACGCUCUUCACCAGAUGCUUGGAUAG